UCUCAGCCACACAAAAACCAGCCAAAUGGCAGCUCAGAUUUCGAAUUCCCGACGGGCAUUCCAUCGUCGCCAAUGGCGACUCUCUCUUCGCACUCUCUUCUCAAAUUUCCCUCUCUCUCCCCAUUCACUUCCAGAGGAAUCCUCACUAAUCUCCCAAUUCUCCCUUCUUCCACGUCUUCGCGCCUUCCACGCUUGAAGUCCCACAGAUUCUCCGCCGGCGGAAGCUUCCUCGAGCAGGAAGGCGAUCACGCCCCCGCCCCCGCCAGCUUCGAGGAAGCGGUGAGGCUCUUCAACGGUGGCGAUUACUACGAGUGCCACGACGUCCUGGAAGCCCUAUGGAACGAUGCCCUCGAGCCCUCCCGAACCCUAUUUCACGCGAUUCUACAGUGCGCCGUCGGAUUCCAUCACCUCUUCAACAAGAACCAUAAGGGAGCGAUGAUGGAGUUGGGAGAGGGACUUUGUAAACUUCGGAAGAUGAACUUCGAGGGCGGACCCUUUCUUCGAUUCGAACAAGAGAUUUCUGCUGUGCUGGAUUUCAUUUAUCAAACUCAGUUAGAGCUCGCUGCCUGUACAGACCAUUUAUGCCUUGCUCUAGAUCAAUCAGAAAGAUCAUACCAGCUUCUCGGUGGCUAUGCUGCUGGACAGAAUCUGUACUCUUUACAAAGUGACCCUAAUGAAACACUCUACAUUGUGUUCUGCCCUGAGAGAUAUGUGAAUGGAAGCAGUGAGCCACCAAGAGUAAAACUUCCUGUUCUUCAUGCAUCCGAAGAGCAUCUCAUGGAAGUUGACUACAACUGAAUACUUGUUUAUGUAGAUUAGUUUAUUAGUUUUACUAAAAUCCAACAGUUCGUUUUGCUAAACAGCAGAUUGUGUUGUAAACUGCCUCAUCCCGUGACUGCAAGUUAUUUUGUAGAUACCGACCAUUUAAGUCAUGUUGUCUUGUCUACGGGUGGACAGAAUCAAAUGUUUUUAUGGGUAAAUGGCAAAAAAAAAAAAAGCCAAACUUUAAUUUGUGUGGUA